AUGAACAGCCUACAUUGGACACGUUUGCAUCCAUGCCUGUUGCUGCUCUCUAUCGUUUGGUGUGCCAACAAAAUUCCCGUUGAAAACUCAAUCAUCCGCUACAGCUAUCCGGUGGAAGUUCACAAGGUCACCACAACCGACGGUUACAUUUUGAGCCUGGUUCGAAUACCAAAAGAUGGCCGUCAACCGAUUCUCCUGGUGCAUGGCCUGAUGUGUUCGUCAGCCGAAUGGACCGUGUUGGGGAAUCAAUCGCUGCCUUUGCGUCUAUCCGAAGCAAACUACGAUGUUUGGUUAGCGAAUGCCAGAGGGAACACGUUUUCUCGUCGCCAUUCAAAAAUCAGCGCAUCGAGUAAAAAAUUUUGGACCUUUAGCUGGCAUGAAAUAGGAAUGUACGAUCUACCGGCAGUGAUAGAUCGAAUUCUGGAGGUAACUGGUUUUCCAUCUGUGCAUUACGUCGGGCAUUCACAGGGAUGCACGGCGUUCUGUGUGAUGAGUUCCAGCCUCCCGGAGUACGAUCGUAAGAUCAAAACUGGUCACUUGAUGGCGCCGGCAGUCAUGAUGUAUCACACGUACUCGCCACCGAUUCGGGUACUGAUUCCAAGGGUUAAAGAGCUCAAAAUGCUAGCUGGAUUUCUGGGCAUAUGGGAACUCCUCAGUCGGUCUGACGAUUCCUUUAUUGGAGCAACGAUGACGGCCAUACAGGAAUCUACACCACCCGAAACAUUUUUGUCCAUUGCAAACGCCAUAUCGGGCAUGCGUCCGGCGCAACUUAGCCAAUCGUUAACCAAACGAAUAAUGGAAACAAUGCCGGCGGGGUCAGCCCUGAUGCAGUUCGAACAUUACGGCCAAGUGAUCGCAUCCGGUAGGUUUCAACAGUUUGACUACGGUGCAGCGGAAAACUGGCUGCGGUACAACGCGACAAAACCUCCCAGCUAUAAGCUGGAAAAGAUUCGAGCUCCGUUGGCGCUUUACUACAGUGAUAACGAUUGGUUGGUAGCGCUGAAAGAUAUCCAGCAACUGAAGAACAGGCUCAAGAAUGUAAUCUUUGAUUAUCACGUCGAAGGACCGCAGUUUAAUCAUAUAGACUUUAUGUUUGAUAAGGAAGCUUCUAAGAUAUACGAUGAAAUAAUACGAAUAGUGAAGGAAAGUGAUUCGGGGUAGAGCCAUUAUUGGCUUAAACUGGGUAUAUUUGUACGACAUGUAUUAGCUACAUGUUGUAAAAUGAAACUAUUACAUAAUCAAGUUGUUUUUACGAAGAGGAUACGAACCGAGUAAAAUUAAAACUGUGUAAUGAAAUCAUUCAAAACUUGCUUUCGUCGUCUUCGAUAAAAAUACGAUGAAUCGAAAUCACUUUGUAAUGUAACACGAACAAAUGAUAUUUGAUCCUUCUGAAAUUUCCACAGUAUAUUCAAAAUUAUCUUCUCCAGCAACGCACGAAGGAUUUUAUUUUUUAUUACAUAACUUUAUUCAUUAGCAAUUUUGAGUCAAGUUUUAAUUAUGUGUUACGAACUCAUCU